AUGAGUUUAAUUUUAAAGAAUAACAUAGUUUUUCCAAUUUUUAAACAUCAAGAAACUCUUACUUACCAAAAUAGGUAAAAGUCAACUCAUGUCCCUUAAAGAGUUGAUACCUCUUCUCCAUUUAAUCGUUUAGCAUCUCCUUAAAACAGGACCAUAAAUUUAAGCCCUUAAAGAGCAUAGAGCAUAAAAAUUAGUCCUAGAAAUAAAUAAAAUAGUUUUAUCACUCCAAAACCUAUUAGAUAUGAAGAAAAUCAUAGUCUAUAAUGUUAUUUAAACCAUUUGAACUCCAUGAGUGCUUUGAAAUCGCCAAGAAGUAUUUUAUCAAUAUGAUGAGAAGCGAUUCCGUAAUCGACAGAAAACAGAAUGAUCUUACAAAGAGUUAAAUCAAUUAAGGAGUCAGCCAAUAAAAGGAAGAAGGUUAGCUUAUUGGAAACAGUCCAUAAUCCAAAUGCUUAUUAAUAUAAAAAGUUUACUGAGCAGCUCUACAAUUUAAUCCACAACCUUCAUUAAUUAAAAGUAAAAACAUUUAACAUUCUUAGGAUUAUUUGAAUAAUUAAAGAAAGCUUUUUUAAGUUGUUAAAAAUUUGAUUGGCAUCAAAAAAAAUCUUUAUAGAAUAUUAAUUAAGCCAUAAACAGAGGAAUUGCAUGAUUUCUCAGAGAUAUCUCGAUUAUGUUGCAUCAAAGAUGUGCAAUUCAUAAAUGGGGAAUAAAGAGUAAUAGAAAAAUUCGAUUUAUCUUUAAUGGAAGACUUAAUCUAUAUGACUGAUUCGAUUAAACAAUUAUUACUAUAAAAUCAAUUGAAAGCCAUCAAUAGGAUGAGUGACAAUGUAUAUUGUUAUUUAAUAAUCAUAAGAUUAGAGUUGAACAAAGUGAAAUUAGUAAAUUGAAAGGAUAACUUGGAAUUCAUGAACAAAAUCACUCCUUAUCAAUUGAAUCAUUGGCGAUGAAGAAAUUCUAACCCCAUCUAGAACUAAAAUGCAUCGAAUAAAAGCUAGGCUAUAUGAAUUACAUCCCUAAACAAGUAAGAGAGACUUCUGAAUUGCUUUGUGAUAUCGUCGACAAAUUGAAUGGAUGA